UUUUGACUUCACAAGAAAAUAUUUUUGGAAGUAAUGUGGUGUGAUUAUGAUAAUUUAAUCGUCAUGUAACGGUUGUAACGGUUACAAUAUGUAAACUUUACUCGAUUUCUUUAAGGACUGAGCUGGAAACAGCGACAAAGAAUGGCAGGCCUUGAGUCUUCACCAACCUUAGGGUGGCAGUCCCUGUGUAUGCCGAUACCUCAAGAUUUCCAGCUGAACACCUUCCUACAGAAACUUGCCAGUGAAAUAACGGAUGAAGAUCUUCAAAAUUUAAAAAGUCUGCUCCACGGAGAUGGAGGUCUACAGAAAAGAACCCUUUCUGGCAUCACAAGUGCUGUGGAUUUUUUCACGGUCCUCAAAGAAAAAAUGUACCUGAACAGGGAGAACCUGAUCUUUGUACAGGCAUGUCUGUGGAACGUAGGUCGCCGUGACCUACAUAGAAAAUGUGUAGAGUUCGCUAAAUCAUCUGACAAGAUUCUCCAUUUCUACUGCCCAAAGGACACACCAGAAAAUGGCUACCAGUUCAUUAAAUUCCAUGUGGCCGGUGGUUUGGACACGUUUAUGCGACCACAGCUUGAACAUGUUCAGCGAACCGUGGCACAGCUAAUGGGGUGUCAGCCGGAGUAUGUAAUAGUGGCAGGAAUCGAACCGUCCAACAGUAUAGUGGUCACCCUGAUGGUACUAGCGGCCUACGUCGAUUUGCUUCCGUGCGCGGACAAAUAUGAACUUGUACUUCUCAAAGCUGUGGAUGUGGAUAAAAUCAUCACUAAUAAAGGCAUCGAAAUAGAUGUACCUUGUUAUGGUGGUUACCAUGCCAGUGAAAUCCGGAACAUUUUGAAGAGACAAAGAGAUCUGGAAACCCAGCUAGACAAGGCACAGAGGCGUUUGUUAGAGAUAGAGAAAGAGCGAAGGAAAUUGUUCCAGGGAUCGUUGACGAAAAUGGCCCCAAAGGCGGCAUCGGGAGAACUCGGGUUGGAUUUCACCUCCCUCGUCUCAACUCCUAUAAAGAGUCUGAGUGUUCCUAAUCCUCAGGUAGUUUUUAGUGUACUGGAACUUUCUGGUAAUUCGGGGGAGCAAUUUCCUGAGCAAAAAGACCUGGAGCUUACCUACAGAUCCCAGAAGAGUGUUGAUAAAGGGAGUGAUUUUGAGCAGGAAGCCUACACACAUUCCAUUGUGGUCAGCAAUCUGCCCCGAGAUGUUCAGGAGGAGGAAUUACGAGAGUAUUUUGAGAGGAGACGGGAACAUGGAGGAGGACCAGUCAAGGAUAUGAGAUUGAACACACAGAGAGGAGAGGCCAUUGUUAAUUUUACUGAUUACAGAGCUGUUGGCAGACUUCUCCAGAGUAAGCCCCUUCUUUUCAAAACCCACUACAUUAACAUAGAGCCCUACCAUCCCAACGACGAUAGUUUGCUUACCCUCAGUGGACUCGCUGAACCGGAACAGGGACCCCUGGUCACACUGGAGGUCAGUGGAUUCAAACCCGAAACAAGGGAGGAAACUCUCGAGGAUUACUUUGAGAAUGAGAAGAGUGGAGGGAAGGCAGACAGCAUCCAUCUACCAAUCAGAAUGGAGCCUGAUAAGAGUGUCGCAUACGUAGAGUUCAAGGACAAAGAAGUGGCAGAGAGUGUUCUACAUAAGGAAGGUCACAUGCUGGACGGGGUCAAACUCAGGGUCCAGGAGCAUGUGCAGAGGCGAAAUGUUUCACAACCCAAAUUCUAUAAAAACAAAGUGUUUGUAACAGGAAUUGAUCCCAAGACGACGCAGGAUGGCCUGGAGAACUAUUUACAAAAUCGAGCGAAUGUUCGUGUGUCGAACAUCUGCAGGGAUGCCUCGAAAGCUGUGGUCACUUUUGCCUCGGAUAUCGAUGUUCAAAAACUCCAAGAGCUGUGUGAAAACAAGACACUUGACGAUAGACACCUGACAGUUGAAAAGGUCAAGGUUACACACAGUGUCCUUGUAAGAAACGUCCUUGAAACAACAACAGAGGACUGCCUAGGCAUGCAUUUCCAGUACAGGGUGAACGGGGGCAAGAUCCACAAGAUUCAGAAGCAAGGAGAAGACUCCUUCAUUGUCUGGUUCAUAGACCCUGCAGUGACCGGAGACGUUUGUAGUCAAUACCACAGUGUGGAUGGACAGGAGCUAGAAGUCUGUCUGUAUUACGAGUGCCUUGGGGUCACUAGGAGCUCCAAACUGCAGCUGACCUUCACCCCUCCAUCAAAGCUGACCUAUGACCCCAAAGAGACAGAAAAGUUAAUGUUUCUGGAAAAAUCUUCAAAAGCACAAGAUGUAUUGAAAUCCAAGUUAGAUCCACUAUAUGCUUUGGCAGAAAUUCAGAGUGAAGGUGGCAUUAAAAAAAUCUCUGUUAGUUGCUUUCUAGAAUAUGAUGUCCCUGAUUGUAGGCAAAGAGCAAAGAAAUGGGAAAAAAAGGUUAGAAAGGAAUUAGACCAGUUUUUUAACUGCAUUUUUGUUGAGUCUGUAAGACCUCUGAAGGAAAUUUGGGAAGAAGUCGAAGGAAAGAAAGAGGAGUUUGAAAGUGAGGCUGAGGGGUGUGUAGUCAUUGUACCAAAGAAGGAGUUGUUAGAGGUCAAGGUCAUUGGGUGGAAAGAUGACGUUUCCAUAGCAAUGGGCAAAUUAACCGACUUCAUUAAAAAGGCCAAUGAAAAAUUGGAAAAAAUAAAAAAUGAAAUAACUGAGGUACUCCAGCUGCAAAAACAAAUGAGCUUGAGAAUCUUGAAGUUUACAAAGUUUUGUGAGAAAUGCGAGGAGUAUUUUCCACGCUGUAGAAUAGACAUAGAUGAAAAGAACUUGAGGAUCAAUUAUCAUGGGUUUCCCACCGAUGUGUACAAGGCAAAAUGUGCAUUACUUGAACUUUUACACAGAAGAAGUAGGGUCCCUGUUGGGUCAUUUACUCAGGAGAAACUGAAUUUUUUGGAAUUUCCCAAAAUUCAAAUCCAUUUGGAGAAAAAAUUGAAGGAAAAUAACCUUAAAGGCUUUUAUGAGAUCAAACAUGAUCGCUGCAUUGAAGUUAAUGCUGAAACAGACGAACAAGCAGUAAAGAUGGCUCAGUUUAUCAAGAACUUCAUUAUCGAAACACCACGCAAAGUUUCCAAGUUUGACAAAUUGCUUCUUUCAUCACCUGAAUUUGAAAAAGAAAUGAAGAAAAUUGAAAAGGAUCAUGAUCAUUUAAUCAAGGUUGUUGCUGAUAAAGAGAAGUUGGUUGUAAAAACCUUAAUGGUAUCUGAAUUGGAGAAAAGGGUCCUGGAAUUAAUAGACAAUUUCUUCCAGACUAAUGUCAUGGUUGGAGAGGCUAUUGAGUUGCCUCCUGCCAUGUUGAGGUAUCUCAGUGACUUUUGCUCAGAGGAAUUAGAAAAUAUAGCUACCCGGGGUCAGAACAAAGCUUCUGCCGAGGUCUACUGCUCACAGACAGCUGUUUGCGUCACUGCUGUUGAGAGCGCCUUGUCUGAAAUAAAGGGACAAGUCGUUGCCUUGAUUCAAAAAAUUGAAAAAAGAAUGGAGACCCUGAAACUUCCUAGUGUGGUAAAGUAUCUACUUGGAGACAAUGCUCGCACAAAAGCUGAGGAUGUGGAGCAUGAAUUUCAGUGUGUCAUCACGGCAGAUAAGGAGAGUUUUCACGGUACACCCAUCCAGAAACAACAGUCUCGUGAAAAGGACAUGUACCAGUUGGCAUCCUGUGACCUAAAUUUUGGAGGGAAAAUUGUGGUGGUGAAACAAGACUUGACUGAUCUAGAUGUGGAUGUGAUCGUGAAUGCAGCAGACGCAAAACUGAAACUGGAGGGAGGGCUCGCCCUAGUCAUAGGUCAAAAAGGUGGAGAUGAGAUGUACCAGUGUUGUCAGAAGUUUAUCCGUGACCAGGGGCCGCUGAGUCCCGGGGAUGUGUUUUGCUGCCCUGCUUCGGGUCAGUUGAGGUGCAAGGCUGUGGUUCACUCAGUGGGUCCUGUGUGGCAGGGCGGAGAGUACCAGGAGGCGGAGCUUCUGAGGGAGGCAAUCUACAGCUGUCUAAUGGAGUGCGACCAACCAAACAAUCAGUUCAGAUCGAUAGCUAUUCCUGCCAUCAGCACUGGUGUCUUUAAUUAUCCACGGGAAAUGGCCACACGGGUCAUUGUGGAGACGAUAAAAGAAUAUUUCCUGGCAAAUCCAGAUUCGGUCAUCCGUGAAGUUUACCUAUGUGACAUCAAAACUCUUGUUGUUGAGGCAUUUACAGCAGCUCUGAAAGAGAAAUUUUUGAAUGUAGUCGAGGGGGAAGGGCAUGACCAGGCAUGGAAGAGGCUCAAGACCCCUCAUGAAAAGGCUCCUAAAGAGAUUGAAUACAGUCUAGGAGAUUCCUUGAGGUCGGAAAACGUCUUAGAAACCUCCAUAGAAUUAACGCUGUAUGGACACAAUCAGGAUCAACUCCGUUCAGCGAUGGAGAAGUUCCGGGAGAUGGCUAGCGAGGACUAUAAAAGGAAAGACUUCACCGACUCCGGUCUGAAGACUCUAAAUGAUAAACAGAAAUCUAAGCUGCAAAACAAGGCCAGAGAGCUUGGCGUGGAGAUAGAUCUCAGCAAGCUCCAGCGCAUAGGUCGCAUCAAGCUACACGGACUGACGCAAGACGUCUUCGAGAUGGAGAACGUCAUUCAGAAAUUGUUACGAAAACAUAACAUGCAACAGCAGACGGAGCAGGAGUUGAGCCACUACCAGACGGUGGUCCAGUGGAGAAGGGUGUUCAAUGACCAGGAGGAGGUGGAGUGUUCCCCUCAGCUGAACAUGAGUCUAGAGAAAUACUAUCAGCAGCAGGAGAAAAGGAUUCGGUUUCAUAUUGGUCAAGAGGAGUAUAUUGUCGAUUUCACAAAGAUGACCCUGCACGACCCUUUUGAUACUACGGAAGUUUCCGAGCUUCAGCGUCAUUCAAAACUUAAAGAACCAAGCAAGACAAUUCUUCCUGAUCACUGGUCACCAAUGAGUGCAGACGAUAACUUGAUCACGAUACCAUUGAACCGCACUAAGCAGGAGUACACAGACAUUGUCAGUAGGCUGAAGGGCGAGCUGGCUGGCCAUUUGACAGUUUCAAGUUUUGAGGUGGAAAGAGUUCAGAAUCGUACCUUGUUUGAGCAGUACUCAGCUAUGAAAGAGUUCAUAGAGACUCAGUCCCAAGGGAGUUCUUUCCCCUUGGAGCAGCAACUAUGGCAUACAGUAGACAUAGAAGACAUAUCAGAAGUUAAUUCAUCAGGAUUCAACAGGAACAAGUGUAGCCGAAAAUCUAUGAGCCUUGGUAAUGGAGUAUACUUUGACACCUCACUGAUCCACAGUCUCCAGGAGACCAAGCUACAGAUCACAGGCAGACAGAGGGCCGUCUAUUUGUGUCGCGUUCUGACUGGAAGCUUCACCGAAGGAUCUCCAAGCCUCUCCGUUCCGCCGGAAAACAAGAGCAGCAAAUCCGGUCAUCGUCGCUACGAUUCUGUGGUGGACAAAUUGAAUGCCCCGCAGACCUUCGCUGUUUUUCAGGAUUCUCAAGCUUAUCCAGAGUAUUUGAUCAAAUUUUUCAUCCAAUGAAAACCUUUCAUACCGGUUGUACUUUAUUCAAUGACAUAUAGGGUCUAAUAUAAUUGUUAAGUGUUAUAUUUUAAAAAUUAUAAAGUUGAAGGUUUGAUAUGGGUUAAUACAUUGGCAUAUAUUUUGCAGUUUUUAGAGUGUGUUUUUAUAAGGAAUUGAACAUAUGUUAAUUUUGAUAACUUCUCUCCAGAUUAAUAAAGACAGUUACAUGUAUAUAUAAUUUAAAUCUUUAUUCCUGUUUUAAAUUCUUAUUUUGUACAACUGGCAGCACUUUUGAAUAAUAAUAUUCAUUGAUAAAAAAAAAUAAUUAACAACAAAUGAUUAUAUCAAAGUGUGAAGAAAAAAAUCAAUUUUUCUCAUUUAUAAUUUCAAAAGAUAUACUUUAUUUAGUUAUAAAAUACAUUUAUUAAUUUAUAUAUAAAAUUAUAUAUAUAUGAUUUAAUAUUUUAUUAUGUGAUAAUGUAUUUAUAUAUUUAUAAUCAAAUGUUUAAUGUCAAAUUAUCAAAAAGAAUGACUAAUUAUGCUUAAAUUUGUAGCAUUAAUUGUUUAUAUCAGUAAGCUAGCAAUUUUAUAGCAAUCAUCUAUUUUUUAAAAUUAUAUGAAUUUAUAUAUAAAAUAUGAUUCAAGUUUCAAGAGGACAUGGGCUUUUAAUUUUCUGCAACAUUCUUUAAUGACACUAUGAAUUUUGAUGUGUAUUUAGUUUUUAAAAGACAUUAAGGCAAUACACGCAAGACUACAUGUAUAUCUAACCCUUUUAAGAUUAUUUUAUUAAAAUAUAAAUAUAAUCUAAAUUUUAGAAAAACAUGUUUUUGUAAAACACGAAUGGCCAAGUUGAUGUAAAAUAUCAUAGACUCAAUUGCCAAAGUAUGUCAUGUUAUUUUUAUUUCCCUACAUAUUUCAUUGAAAACAAGACUUAUUUCUCUGAAUUCGUUUUUUGGUUUGAACAUAUUUUAUUGUUAAGAUGGUUUAUACAAAAGGAUUGGGUACAAGUUCUGCAAAAUUAAAACGCCCUCUCCUGUGUCACUUUUUUUUCAAAGCUAGGUUGAGAAAAAAGAAAUAAAUCAUGUUGAUUAAUGCACAUUAGCUUUGCACUUGAAAAACUUUUUUUUGUCGACUCGAUCGUUUGUCAAAUUUAGGUAUUUCAAACACGCCAUUAAGAUCAAUUUGUUAGAGCUCUACUAUAUAUAUUUUUUGCCUGAUUCAUUCAAGUCAAAACAUCUUACUCUGAAUUGUUAAUAUCAAACCUCUGAAGGUACAGAAGGUUGAAAAAAUAUUUUUAAAAUAUUAUGCAAAAAAAAAGCAUAUCAAGAAAUUCCAAAUUUAUUAAAUUAAUCUAAAUCUUUUCAAAAUGAAUGGACUGGCGACUUAAAGUUGAUGACAAUUCUUGAAAAAAUGUUUGUAUUCAAAGAAUGUGUCCUUAGUCUAGUGAAAAAAAGUGACCUACUUUUGCAGCCCCGUGACUGUACUUGUACUACGGUAUUUUAUAUGUGUUAUGAUUUGGCCAGUGAACAGAGUAACAGCAUUAAACUUAUAUUCGAUUCAAUCAUUUUGAUCUAGUCAAUCCAUUAAUUUUUUUUUUAAUCGUCACUGAUCCUAAUUGUUUGAGUACUUCCUUAUCUGCUGAACUCUGCUGAUUAGGGAUAGUCAACAUUUGUUUUUAGGCAUUAAAUAAAUUAUUUUCCAAAACAUAUCAUCAUAUUAAUGAAAUGAUGUACCAAAUUCAUGAUGAUUAAAAGAAAUACUGCUUUCGUUGUUACAAUCAGUUGUGCAUGUAUUAUAUACAUGCUUAUUUCAGUGUUACUGUUACAAAUGGUUAUGCAUAUAUUAUAAACUUGCAUAUUUUUUUUUUUAUAUAAGCUGUGUUUUGUAAGCCUUAUGUGUGCUUGUUUUAUAAUGCUGAAUAAUUGUUAUGUAAAAUCUCAGCCAGAGAAAGCAAUAUGACCAGGGUAUUUUUACACCCAUGUGCAGCAGAGAUGAUUAUAUAUAUACAAACCAUAUUACAUGACUGUAUAUGUGAACUGAUAUUAAACCAAAGUCACUGUAUAUCAUAU